AGUUUCUGGCGCGAACUUCCGCCGUCCCGAAGUUGCAGGGCGGCUCGGCGCGAUGUCGGGGGACAGCGGCGGCUGCGGGCCCGAGGCCCGGGGCCGAGGCCGCGACCCGCACCGGGAUCGCACCGGCUCGCGCUCCCGCUCGCGCUCCCCGCUGUCCCGGCGCGGCGCCGCCCCCGAGCGCAGGGCGGCCCCGGAGGGCCCGAGCCUGGACGACUCGGACCCGGAUUCCGGAGACGAGACGAUCGACCCGGCCGCCCUGGAGGAGGAGACGGACCACGGCCUGUGCCGCCAGAUCCGCCAUCAGUACCGGGCGCUCAUCAACUCGGUCCAACAAAACCGAGAGGAUAUACUGAGUGCUAGUGACAAAUUAACCGAAGUCCUCGAGGAGGCCAACACACUGUUUAACGGGGUGUCCCGAGCAAGAGAAGCAGUCCUAGAUGCCCACUUUCUCGUUCUGGCUUCCGAUCUGGGCAAAGAGAAAGCAAAGCAGCUACGCUCUGAUCUCAGCUCAUUUGAUAUGUUAAGAUACGUUGAAGCUCUACUGACGUAUAUGGGUGUAAAUCCACUAGAAACUGAAGAAUUCAUCCGUGAUGGCGAUAGUUCUGAUUUGGAAUUCAUAGUCUAUGACUCCUGGACAAUACCGGGCAAAACAGCAGAAAACACCUUUAAUAAAACCCAUACGUUCCACUUUCUGUUGGGUUCAAUACAAGGAGAGUCCUCUGUGCCAAAGCCUCGAGUCGAUCGUCCCAGAAGAGCACGUACGAUAGAAGAACAGCGGGCCAUGCCUGCUCAGUUGAAAUGUAUGGAAGAGUCUCAUCAGGAAGCAACAGAAAAAGAAGUAGAAAGAAUCUUGGGAUUGUUGCAAUCAUAUUUUCGAGAAGAUCCUGAUACUCCAAUGUCCUUUUUUGACUUUGUGGUCGAUCCACAUUCUUUCCCCCGUACGGUGGAAAACAUCUUCCAUGUCUCCUUCAUUAUACGGGAUGGUUUUGCAAGAAUAAGACUUGACCAAGACCGACUGCCAAUAAUAGAGCCUGUUACUAUUAAUGAUGAAAGUGAAGGUAUUAGUCAUCAUACCCAAAUGAGGAAUCAAGGAAUUAUAGCUUUGAGUUACCGUGACUGGGAGGAAAUUGUGAAGACCUUUGAGAUUUCUGAGCCUGCGAUUGCUUUGGGUCAGAGCCAGCAGAGGCUAAGUGCUUGAUGCCACUAAAGGAUUCCUCUGGAUUGUGAAAUCCCAAAAGGAACGCAUGUAUUGUACAUAUUGUAUGAUUAAGCAUUUUUAAAGACAGGUUGUUUAGCAAAUUGUAGCUUUUGAUAGUUAAUGGGUUUGUCAUGAUUGUCUUUGAUUAAAGGAGAUUCACUGCCAUAUAAAUAAUUGUAUACAACA